AUGACUGUGAACAACCAAAGCGCAUCUGCAGCUGUUCGGAUUUCUGAACUACUUCGGCAUCAAGAUGAUUUAGAAAAAGUGACAAUAUUAAAGCAGCGACUUUUACGGGAAAAGGCCGCAAUAGAUAAUAGGCUCAAGGCUGAUGUUCAAUCUCGUAUUGAUUUAACCUUAAAAGGGCUAAACUCAUUAUCCAAAACUAAAUUAAUUAUUGAAGAUAUGAAGACUGAAAUAAAUCAGAUCGACAAACUUCGUGUUGAUUCUGAAGAAUCAGUGUUACAUUUUGAAAAGAUAAAUAGAAUUUCUAAAAUUCAUGAGAACUUUGUCGAGACACAGAAGUUUCUUGAUAAUUUUAAAACCCUUAAUCUCCAAAUCCAAAGAAUUCAAGAUUUAAUUGAUGCUGAUGGUGAAUUUCAACUGGAAUCUCCUAUGCCUAAACUUUUGGCAAUUCAUUUUCAAAUUUCUCAAUUACGCGACUUAAAUGAUAAUGCCCAAUUUUACGCCUCUCACUCAACUGAAGAUGUCAGAAGAACAAUCAAAAAACAUUUUGCACCACUAGAUGAUCUUGUGUCCAGAUUUGAUUCCAUUCUAUUUGAAAUAUCAGAGAAUCUUCUUGAAAUUGUUCGAACAGGAGAUAAAUCAUUAGUUGUUAGAGUGGCCAAAAUUAUUGAUGUCGAAGAAAAACAAGAUUUAGCGGCUCAGAUUGUUGAGGAGAUUAAACAGGAAAGUUUGAGCCAGGAAAAAAAAGGUGACAAAUCUGGUAAAUCUAAAUUUGGGAACGGGGGCAAGUUUGAGGAUGUUAACUCUUCAUUUCGCAGAAGUAUAGGCCAACGUCCUUUUGGUCUCCCAAAUACGAAUAAUGGUUCUGAUGAUUCUGUGGAUCAUGAGAAACAGACUAUGAAAACUUUGAUGGGAUCUUUGAAAAAACUCCAUAGAAUUAGACGUGGAUAUCCGGAACGAUUUUUUGAAGCGGUACAAAAAUCAAUUCAUAACCUUUUUGUUGAAUGUCGUGCUGCAUUUAAUAACGACCCAGACCUGAUUUUAGACAAUUUAAACUGGAUAUUUACAGAUUUGGGAUUAGUCAAAUUUGAAUUAGUCAAAUGCAUGCCCGCUAGAUGGAAAGUUUUUAACAAAUUUGUUAAUUUUUAUCAUGUCGAACUUUACCGAAUGCUUGAUGAAAUAAUUCAAACUGAACCAAGUGCUAUAAUACUUCUUAAAAUUCUUCAAUAUGUCAAAAGUUAUUACAAACACAUGGAAAAGGUGUUGCAUAUAUCAAAAAAUGAUGACGACGAUGAAAGUGCUGGUCUUUUAGUACCCCCAUUGUUAGAUGGUCGCGAAGAAAAGCUAUAUGAUGAUUAUCUCGCCCUUAUUGUUUCAAAACUUCAUGAAUGGAGAAAAAAUAUGGCCGCAACUGAAACGGUCAACUUUGUUGAGCGUGCAAUUCCUCCUGAAGUUGGUGACGACAAAAAACUUGCGCUUCAAGGCGAAUUUAUAAUGUUUUCUAUUAUAACGCAACAGAUUGAUGUUGCUGCAGAAAGUGGUCAAGGUAGAAUAUUAUUUGGAACUGUUCAGGAAUGUGGAAAUAUUUUGAAAGAACGACAAUCUUUUUGGGAGAAAACUAUGCGCCAACAGGUAGAAUUACAACUUAGCGAUGCACCUAAUCCAGAAGAAGCAAAGGAAAAAGACCCAAAUUAUGUUCCUGUACCUGGUGGUUUAUUUGAAUACCUUAUGGCUCUAGCUAAUGAUCAAAUUCGUGGUGCAGAUUAUACAGAAGUACUUUCAAACAAAACAUCUGACAUGGUCUCAGCAAAAUAUAAAACGCCAAUCAUUGCUGUAUGGAACUCUGUUUGUGAUGGAUUUAUAUCACUUGCUAAAUCUUGCAUUCGGGGAUUAAUCAAUAUAAUUUUCAAGGAUUUGGAACCGGCCUUCAAAUCUAUAUUUGCGAAAUCAUCUUGGUAUAAAGGUGUUCCAAUUAAUCAGGUCUCCGAUACUGUUCAAGAGUAUGUUUCAGAUUGUCGAGAACACUUGAAUCCAACUAUUUUUGAUGUUUUCUUAGACGACUUACUUGAAGAAACUAUUAUUCACUAUUUGGGAUCUUUACUUAAUUCAGGAGUAUCGUUAAAAGUCUCAAAAGCAGUUGAUCGCAUUAAAUCUGAUAUCGAGGUUUUAUAUCUUCUAUUCACUAAAAAUCAUGAAGAUCAAGCCCAUGUUCAAAGUCAUUUUCGCGUUUUUGAACAUUUCCUUUCUGCUUUGGAAGCUAAACCCGAAUCACUUCCAGAAAUAUUUUUAGGUAUGCGAAUGGACUUUUGGGAUGUUCCUUUAGAACUGUUUGAGGCGAUGGUAUGCUCUAGAAAAGAUAUUGAUACCAAAGUUGCUCGUGGAAUUGUUGCAACUGCAAGAACACAAGCGCUGCAUCAAUCGCAGCUCCAACGUGAACAACUUCUACAAUUACAACAACAGCAACAAUCAGAUCCACAAUCUCAAGAAUUACUUCAGCAAUUAGCUCUUCAGCAACAACAACAGCAACAGCCGACCUAUCUUUCAUUUUUUGGCAAAAAUAAAUUAUGGUGA